AUGACGACCGCUAAGAACAUGAUGGAUCGCUGCCUCGCCGAGCAUAAAAAAUGUGGCCCGAAUACCCUUCCAGACUUACCAACGCGAGUUCUUGCUAUUGAUAAGGACUCACGAUAUGUCAGAGUGCAUGAAAGUACACCUGGCCAGCAAGACCGAUAUAUAGCACUGAGCUACGUUUGGGGAAUGAAGACGCAGCCUGUAACAACGACAGCAGAUGCUCUCAAAGAUCAUGUUCGAGGGAUUCCAGUCUCUUCGCUGCCCAAAACUAUAAAGGAUGCAAUAAUGACUGCAACACUUCUUAACAUUCAGUACCUUUGGGUCGACGUAUUAUGCAUCAUCCAGGAUAAAGGCCAUUCAGACAAGAAAAUAGAGCUUCAGAAAAUGGGAAAGUAUUAUCAGAAGGCAACUCUGGUAAUAGCAGCCGCCGUCUCUUCCGACGUCACGAAAGGAUUCCUGCACCCGAGAGAGCCAUAUCCGGGCUGCAAGCUUCCAUUGUUCUUGCCGAAAGGUUCCGAGGGAACGAUCUAUCUAACACCAAAGGUGUGUGGCGAACGAGCACCCGAACCACUCUACUCACGCGCCUGGGCCCUUGAGGAAUUUCUUCUACCUUCACGCGUUCUUAUUUUUGGCACAAGAGAGGCAGUCUGGCAAUGUAAUUCAAUAGAGCCCCAACCGGUCCUCCCAAGCAAUAUAGACUAUGACCCCAGUUGGCCCUGCAGGCGACUAGGAACAAAGGACAAGCGACGGGAUGUCUGGGCAAGUGUGGUGGCUAAUUUCACAUCGCGGGAUAUGACCUAUAUCUCAGAUCGGCUCCCAGCUAUCGAUGGAUUCGCCCGCGUGCUGGAGGAAAAGUGGAAAGAAAAGUAUGUUCAUGGUCUAUGGCAUGAUCAUCUACAUAAACAGCUCAUGUGGGGAAGCAAAUCUAGAACUUUGCCUGACCCUGGGCAAUCGAGAGCACCCAGCUGGAGCUGGGCGGCCACGGAUGGUGCUGUCAAGAUUCCACCUAUUUUCAGCUGCAGGAAGCACGCCGAGAUUAAUUGCCAUGACAGCAUUGAAAAGGGACAGGGGGCACAACUCUGUCUUUUUGCGAUUGUGAGACCAUUUGAGCAGCUCAGGCCCUUGAUAUUGGAGAAGAAAAGGGCGUUAGAAAUUGAGCCAUCAUUUCGAACAUGGAGUGGUGUCCACGAUGACCACGAUAUGGCAGAUGACAGUGGGAAGCUCGAGUUUGCAUUACUAGGGUUUCAUGCGCAGGGUGCCUUUGGAUUACUUCUAGAACCUCUUCUACAAGACCGCAAGCUAUUUCGAAGAGUAGGCACAAUAAGAAGGUUUCUUCCUGGGCAGCCAGAAUGGUGGGGGGAUAUAAAGGAGAAGAUAUUUAUUAUCUAG